GAAGUUGAAGAUGGGGAGAAGAAAGAGGAGGGGGGACGAACUGAGGGUUUUUUUUAUUAUUAUUUUUUUGUACUUUUUAUUAUUAUUUUAAUAUUUAAAAAAUAUUAAAUAUUUUUUUUGUUUUGAAUAAUAUUUUAAUAAAAAGUGGGGUCCGAAUUAAGCUACGUUAGCAUUUUACUGAAAAGUAAACGGUUAAGUAACGGAAGGUAUAACAUUGGACCAAAUUUUAAAGAUGAGAUAUGAAAAUGUCGUGAUAAUAAUAGUUAAUGUAGUUUUUUAUACUUUACCCAAAUAUUUUUUAUGUAGUUGCGUUAUUGAUUCAGAAUGUAAUGAUGAACUUGGUCUUGAUAAGUUUUUAUCAACUACGAGUGAUGACUGCGGGAGUAAUAUAGAUCACCAUCUAACAAGAAUGCAGAGAAAGAGCCUAUUCUUAUAGAUCUCUAAGUUAUAGGGUGUUUUUGCUUUGUUUGGCCUCUUAAUUUGACUUUGGUAAUUAAGAAUUCGUUUGAAUAUACUUUUAAAAUAACUUAAAGCAUUUUAAAAAAAAAAUAUUUUUGGAUUCUACAAGUACUUAAAGUGUUUUUUACAAGAAACACUAGUUAUUUAUUUCUUUUAGAAAGCAUUUUAAGUGUUUUUUUCAGGAUUUAUUAGCAUUUUUUACUAAGGAUUGUUUUUAAAAAUAUUUUCACUAAAAACGCUUUCAGUUAUUUUAAAAUCACACUCAAACAAGCUCUAAAGGACAACAUAAAGAGUAAAGUGAAUGAUAUCAUGUUUGAUUUUUUUAAUGUAAAAAUAUGUUUUUUCGUUAAAAUGAAUAAUACCGUGAGUUUUUCGUUAAAACUCUUAUAAUAAAAAACAUUUCUGAUGCUUAGGAUCCGUUCUACAGAGAAUUAAAAAUUGUUUCUGAAAGACUACUUACGUCUAAAGUAGGGAACAAAAAUUAAAAAGUAGAGAAGUCUAUGCGUAGACUUCCUCAGCCCUACAAGUAGAGAGAAUUAUCUGAUGAGCGAAUAGCAGUGGUAACACCCCAUCCCAACAGCAACCUAGUCGAAGUUCAACUGGAUGGCCAUGGCGACGGAGAGUUGGUGAAUCAAAGCUCAGAUCAAGAAGUUGACAGACAUCCGAAGAACCAAGCUUAACCAUCCUCACAUUUUCCAUGACAUUCGUCCAAGGCACAAAACGUUUUCAAGUCUGUACCAGUUGAAGCUAAGGAAGAUCCAGGUAUGGACAUUGUUAAUUUCGUACUACAAGUCGGUGAGUUGUUAUGGACUCCAGUGAAGCGUAAUGUGGGUUACUUGGUGCAUUACAAGAGACACAUACAGUCUCUUGAAGUUCUGGUAGGAAAGCUUGAGACCACGCGGAAUGAUUACCAGCGAAGCGUAGAUGCGGCGUUAAUGAAUGGAGACGAAGUUAAGUCCGAAGUUCAAAAAUGGCUCAAGGAUGCUGACAAGGCCAUAAUCGAUGCGAAAAGACUGAAUAAUGAAGCCGGAGAAAACAAAACAUGCCUUGGAGGCUGCUGCCCGAAUUUGAAAUGGCGUUACACUUUAAGCAAGAGAGCAGUUAAUGAGACAGAAGAAAUGAACAAGCUUAAUGAAGAGAAAAGUUUUGAAACAGUUACACUUCAAGUUCGCCUGCCCGUUGAGUUUGAGUCCACCAUGUCAACGGGAGAUUUUGAAGUAUUUGAAGCAACAAGGCAAGCCAUGGAUGGGGUCAUGAAGGCGCUGAAAGACGAUAACAUCACUGUCAUCGGGGUUCACGGAAUGGGAGGCAUAGGCAAGACAACCAUGGUGAAACAUGUUGGUUUGCAAGCGUGUAAAGACAAGCUCUUUGAUCAUGUGAUUAUGGCUGUCAUUUCCCAAAACCCGAACCUGGUUAAGAUUCAACAACAGCUUGCAGAAAUGCUGGCCUUGAAUUUGAAUGAGCAGACAGAAAUAGCCAGAGCAGCUAGAUUGAAGGAGAGAAUAAGGAGAGGAAAAAAGAUCCUUAUAAUUUUAGACGAUAUUUGGAGGGCAAUAGAUUUGUCUCUCAUAGGGAUCCCCGACGACUACGAGCUCCAAAACUGCAAUUCCAAGGUCCUUCUCACCACAAGGUUACAGAAUGUAUGUCAUGCAAUGAAGAGCCAAGAAAUGAUCCAUCUCGAUUUCCUAUCAGACGAAGAUUCUUGGGCCUUGUUUGUGAAAAAGGCUAACAGGUCUUUUGAAUCAACCAAUUUCUAUGACAUAGCGAGGAAGGCAGCUGGAGAAUGCGGCGGUCUCCCAAUUGCUUUGAUUGAAGUUGCAAGAGCACUCGGAGAUACGGACUCGGAAGAAUGGAGAAAAGCAACUCGACGACCAGAGAUGUUCCAAAUUACCAACCUUGAUGACGAGGGAGAUGUGUUCAGAUGUAUAAAGUUGAGCUACGAUUACUUGAAUAGCAAUGAUGCCAAGUUAUUCUUCUUACUUUGCUGCUUAUUCCCGAAGGACUCUGAUAUUCAUAUCGAAGACUUGCUGAAGUGUGGUAUCGGGAAGGGAUUGUUUCGAGAUGCCAACUCAAUGCAAGAGGCCAGAAGUACGGCACAUUUGGUGGCCAAGUACCUUAAAGCUUGUAGCUUGGUUUUGGAUGGUGAACACGACGGAUGUGUAAGAAUGCAUGAUGUGAUCCGGGACGUGGCAAUACUAAUUGCAUCAUCUGGGGAUGGCCAAGGGUUCUUUUAAAGGAUUGGCCAAAGAAUUCAAUCGAAUUAAUUUAAAACAUAAUCCGUUCCUGUAAUGAAAAAAAAAACAAAAAAAACAAAAACAAAUCAAAACUGCAACCAGUGAUACAAAGCAUAGAAUUUUCUAAAGAAAUGGAGAAUGGAGAAGCGAAAGAAAUAGAGAACGGAGAGGCCAAAGAAAAUUAUAAAUAAUGGCACGUAUCUUAUUUAAUGCAAUAAUGGUACUGGACUUGUAUUGGAAGUACUCUUAAAGAUAUUUACUACACGAAUUUCGAAAUUCAAA